ACGGUUAGCAGUGACAUCCCAAAUUUGCGCAUUUUAUUCAGUUACUGAGCAGUUUUGCCGAUUAAAACCUUAAAUUUUUGUGUCUGCAAAGAUGUCGCUUAAUGUGCACACAUGAAAAGUUUUAGUUACGAGCUUCAAAAGCUGCCACUUUAGCUGUUAGCAUCAUUCACUGUAGGUCUCCAGCAUGGCGGGCAGACGGGCUCUGAAGGCCGUGCUCAUCGACCUCAGUGGAACUCUACAUGUAGAAGACACAGCGGUACCCGGGGCGCAGGACGCCCUGAACAGGUUGCGUCAGGCGUCUGUGGCUGUGAAGUUUGUGACCAACACAACAAAGGAGAGCAAGAGGAACCUACUGGAGCGACUGCAGCACCUCAACUUCAACCUCCAGGAAAAAGAGAUUUUCACUUCACUGAGCGCAGCGAGGAGUUUGUUAGAGCAGAAACAACACAGGCCGCUGCUGCUGGUGGAGGACAGCGCACUGGAAGACUUCACUGGUAUCGACACAUCAGAGCCAGAUGCUGUCGUCAUAGGACUCGCUCCCGAUCACUUCGACUACCAAACGCUCAACAAGGCUUUCAGAAUGAUUCUGGAUGGAGCUCCUCUCAUUGCCAUCCACAAGGCUCGGUACUACAAACGUAAGGAUGGCUUGGCCCUCGGCCCCGGGCCCUUCGUGACGGGACUUGAAUAUGCUACAGACUGUAAAGCCACUGUGGUGGGGAAGCCAGAGAAGACGUUUUUCACACAGGCUCUGUCUGAUUUAGGAUGUAGCCCAAAUGAAGCUGUCAUGAUAGGAGAUGACGCCAGAAACGAUGUGGGAGGGGCUCAGAAUGCAGGAAUGUUGGGAAUUCUGGUCAGAACGGGUAAAUACAGAGCAGGAGACGAGAAUAAAAUCAACCCCGCUCCCCACCUGACAUGUGACAGUUUCCCAGACGCUGUUGAACACAUCCUGAAGAACCUGCUAUAAGCUAGAACCAACAGAAUCACCUCCAGUUAUCACUGUUAAAGACUUUUCGCGUUAUAAAUAAUUUUCUUUCC